AUGGUUCAUCAGCCUCUCCAAGAUUGCUCUGCUUUGAUUGUUUCUUCUGCUCCCAAGGAUGGUUCAUUCUUCAAGUCUGAGGGCAAAGGUAGUAAUGUUGAUCGUGGUCAAAUUACAUGUGAUUAUUGUGGGAAAGACUGGCAUGAUAGAGAACAUUGUUGGAAGUUGCAUAGUCGCCCUCCUCGAGGGCGGGGUGGUGGCCAUGGUGGUGGCUCUAUUCAUUCUCAUGCCAAUCUCUUAAAGUCUUCUACUAGCCCCUCGGGAGAUCCUGUCACCCUUUCCAAUGAUGAAUUACACACUCUCCGAUGUCUGAUGGCUCGUCUUGAUUCCUCCUCUGUUUCUGCUUCUGAUCCACCCUCUACUUCCAACUUUGCAUCCACAGGAAUUAGGUACGAGAAGAACGAUUGGCAGUGGUAAUGCACAUGGGGCCUGUACUUUCUGGAUGCUGGACUUUCUACCCUCAGAUCUUCUCACCAGGCUCUUCAAGCAACUAGCACUUCUGUCAUUUCUCUGUUGCAUCAGUGGCAUAGGCAUUUAGGACAUCCCUCUAUUUCUGUUUUAGCAAAACUUUUUCCCACUUUAGUAAAGGAUUGCCAUAAGAAUCCUUUUCAUUAUGAUGCAUGUCAGUAUGCUAAACAUAAACGUUUUUGUUAUCCUCCCAUUAAUACAAGAAGUAUUUUUUCUUUCAUGGUUAUUCAUUCUGAUGUUUAGGGCCUGUCUCGUGUUCUGUCUGUUUCUGGUUAUCGGUGGUUUGUUACUUUUAUUGAUUGCUAUUCUCGUGUGACUUGGGUUUAAUUGCUCCAGACCAAAAGUGAAGUUUUUUUCAUGUUUUUAGACAUUCCAUAAAAUGGUGCUUACUCAAUUUGUUACCCCCAUUAAAGUCCUCCGGAGUGACAAUGGCAAUGAAUAUAUUGAUGGUUCAUUUAAGGCCUAUCUUGAGGCCCAUGGCAUUCUUUAUCAAACUAGUUCUAUCGGUACCCCUGAACGAAAUGGUCUAGCCGAACGUAAGAACUGUCAUCUUCUUAAGGUUGCUUGUGCUCCUGUUCACCAUGCAUCUACCUAAACCUUAUUGGGGUGAUACGAUCCUUACCACUGCAUAUCUUAUUAAUCGCAUGCCUUCGAGUGUCCUCCAGUUUCAACACCCUCUUGACCUUCUUCCCCGUACUUUGGUUCGCCCUGUUUCUCUUCCACCUAAGGUCUUCGGUUGUGUCUACUUUGUCCAUUCCCUUCAUUCUAUUUGCUGCAAACUUGAUCCCAAGGCCUUGCGAUGUAUUUUUCUCAGUUAUGCCUCUACUCAAAAAGGCUAUUAGUGCUAUGACCCUCACACUCCCAAGGUUUAUGUUUCUAUGGAUGUCACAUUCUGUGAGUCUGAGCCAUUAUUCCCGAGAUCAUGUCUUCAGGGGGAGGUU